CCUAAAUGCUGUUCCUUUCUCAAAUCACACAAUGAAUGAUAUGUUGGACCAUGAUGCAAGCAUCACUGUAGCCUGUAACAUGGGCUACUCUACCGGUAUGGGCAUUCUAACAGAGCUCAUGUGUAGUAAUGGGACCCUUUCUACACCUCCUCCUAUCUGUUAUGAAAACUGUAACCUAAAUGCCGUUCCUUUCUCAAAUCACACAAUGAAUGAUAUGUUGGACCAUGAUGCAAGCAUCACUGUAGCCUGUAACAUGGGCUACUCUACCGGUAUGGGCAUUCUAACAGAGCUCAUGUGUAGUAAUGGGACCCUUUCUACACCUCCUCCUAUCUGUUAUGGUAAGAUCCUUGCAAUCUUGAAUAAAGUUUCCAAAUCAAAAGAACAAGAUGUUAUUUUGAAAAUAUCCAUUUCCAAACUAUUUGUUUUUGUAGGAUGUGCCACUUUGUGGGUUCUGAUUUUGUUAGCUAACUAGAGAAUGAAGUAGUUCUUUUUUUUUCUGUACUUAAUGAUUAAUUUCUAAAGUUUCUUGCCCUUUUUAAGUGGUAUUUCAUUUUUAUAAACCUUGCAUUUGGUGAUAAUGGUGUCUUUAGUUAUCUACAUGUUUUGCACAUCGAAGAUUUUUUGCCCUAAUUGACUGAUAAUAUUUGAGUUUUAGCUCAUCCGGCCCAAAGGGCCAAAUGAGCUUAUGCCGUGGCGUGGCGUCUGUCGUCUGUCGUCCGUCAACAAUUUCAAAAGGAUUCUUCUUCGCCAUUUCAAGUCCGAUUUCAAUUAUGUUUGCUUUAUAAAUAGCACUAGGUAGGGGAUUCAAAACUUCUGCACAGAAUUUUGAAAUUCAUUAAAUAUGCUAAUUUAUGUGCAUUUUUCAAAAUUCACAAAAAAUUCUUCUUCUUCUUUAUUUGUUGACUGGUUUUGAUUUUUUUGCUUCCAUCUGGUUGAGCUUCAUUAGGUUCACCAAACUCUUACACAGAAUUUUGAAAUUUUGACUUGAACAAGUUUUAUACUUAUUUAUGCAAAAUUAAUUCAUGCGUAUUUUUAAAAAGUCACAUAAAAUGCUUUUUCUUCUUUAAUUGUUGACUGAUUUUGAUAUUUUUUUCUUCCAUCUGGUAGAACUUUAUGAGGUUCACCAAACUUCUAUACAGAAUUUUGACAUUUUCAGUAGAUAUUUAGUUAUGCUAAUUUAUGCAAAAUUUAUUCAGAAAUCACAGAAAAUGCCUCUUCUUUAUUUGUUGACAGAUUUUGAUUUUUUUUUCUUCCAUCUGGUAGAGCUGCAUGAGUUUCACCAAAGUUGUACACACAAUUUUGAAAUUUUGUCUAGAAAAUUAUUCAUGCUAAUUUAUGCAAAAUUUAUUCAUAAAUCACACAAAAAAGUCUUCUUCAUUAGUUAAUCAACUUCAAUUUUGUUCACUUUAUAUGAUAGCUCGAGGUGGUGAUACAAAAUUUUGACACUCAUCACAUAUGCUAAUUUAUUCAUAUAUUUCCAAAACUCACAAGAAUUACUUAUUUAUUUGUUGAUUGAUUUUGAUUAUUUUUGUUCCAUCUAAGAGUUACAUGAGGUUCACCAAGGUUCUACACAAAGUUAAGAAAUUUUGACAAGAAAAUUAUUUAUACUCAAUUUAUAUGAAAUUUAUUCAUAGAUCGCAAAAAAUGCUUCUGUCAUUUCUUCAUCAAUCUAUUCUAUAUCCUCAAUUUAUUUCACCAAUAGAAUUCACCACAGUGUCAACUGGGCUGAAAUUAAAAUUGUGUUAAAUUUCGUUGCGAGAUGCCGGAGGAGCUCCACAUCAUUGAUGUGCUAGUUUAUCAUUGUUGGUGAUAUUGUUAGCCAUGUAUCCCUUUUUUCCCUUCAUACAGAAAACUGUAACCUAAAUGCUGUUCCUUUCUCAAAUCACACAAUGAAUGAUAUGUUGGACCAUGAUGCAAGCAUCACUGUAGCCUGUAACAUGGGCUACUCUACCGGUAUGGGCAUUCUAACAGAGCUCAUGUGUAGUAAUGGGACCCUUUCUACACCUCCUCCUAUCUGUUAUGAAAACUGUAACCUAAAUGCCGUUCCUUUCUCAAAUCACACAAUGAAUGAUAUGUUGGACCAUGAUGCAAGCAUCACUGUAUCCUGUAACAUGGGCUACUCUACCGGUAUGGGCAUUCUAACAGAGCUCAUGUGUAGUAAUGGGACCCUUUCUACACCUCCUCCUAUCUGUUAUGAAAACUGUAACCUAAAUGCCGUUCCUUUCUCAAAUCACACAAUGAAUGAUAUGUUGGACCAUGAUGCAAGCAUCACUGUAGCCUGUAACAUGGGCUACUCUACCGGUAUGGGCAUUCUAACAGAGCUCAUGUGUAGUAAUGGGACCCUUUCUACACCUCCUCCUAUCUGUUAUGAAAACUGUAACCUAAAUGCCGUUCCUUUCUCAAAUCACACAAUGAAUGAUAUGUUGGACCAUGAUGCAAGCAUCACUGUAUCCUGUAACAUGGGCUACUCUACCGGUAUGGGCAUUCUAACAGAGCUCAUGUGUAGUAAUGGGACCCUUUCUACACCUCCUCCUAUCUCUCGAGGUGGUGAUACAAAAUUUUGA